CCGCUGUGUGGCAUGAAUCGCCCUCCCUCCAUGUGAGUGGGCUGCAGGAGGAACCAGCUCCGUCAUCGUGCGCGCUGCGGAGAGAUGCGGCGGCGCACGGUGAAGCAUCAGCGGUGGAGGAGCUGAUGCGCAGUGACCGAGACACGGAGCAAACACCCAGGGCUGUGCUGGGCCUCUGAAUCCAGGCGAUGGGACGGAGCUGAAAGGCAUCGGACGGGUUGGUUGUGCAGCAGCGGCAGCGGAGGGGCUGGUGGUGGUGGUGCAGGCCGAGUGGACGGAUGAUCCUGAGCCCAGAGAAGGAUGCUCCAUCUCCAGGGAGGGUUGAACAGGCUCCUGUAAACAAUGAGGAGGCAGAGAGGAGGACUCUUCAUCCACAGCCUGAGGAGACACUGAGGUUGUUGUGUGACAGCUGAGUCAGUCCACAGUGACGAGAGGCUCUGAAGACGCCGUUACGGAGUAUCGUGGGGGGAAACCUCUCCUUAUUUUCAGCGCUGACAGCUCAACGUCUGACCUGAGCAUUUCUUCUCUUCAUCAGAGGAUCUGGAGCCGCUCCAGCUCCCUUUCACAAAACAACUGACUCUGAUUUACUUGUUUCUUGUCCAAAACCUCCAGUUGAGGUUGAACUGUUAAGGUACAAGAUUAAGUGGAGUCACUUAUCUCCUGCAACUAAGAAUUUUAUCUUGAGAGGAUUUCAGCUGUUUCAUGAUGCCCUCUGUGUUUUCGCAAAACCUUUUUACUGUUGCUCUGAAUCUAGAAUAGAUUCCUGAUAGUGGCAGCUUUUCCUCUCACCGAUGAGAAUUCGACCUGACGGGCUGAAUUUUAAUAAAGGAUAAGUGAGGACAAACUGAUACAACAUAGAUGAGGCCAACAACGAGCAUCAUGCUCCAGCAGAAUAACAACAACAACUACCCCUGUCUGAACGUGUCAGGCUCCACCCGGGAGAUGCUCCAGAAGUGCUCCAGAGCCUCCCUGCCCUUCCCCAGCCGCCUGGAACUGGGUCUGGGAGACCUGCCGCUGAUCAGGGGCCUCCGAGCUUGGGCCCUGUGCUCAAAGAACCGCUGCAAAGCUGGUGGUCUUCUGGGAGGAGGUCAGGCCCCCCUAGCUCCACUCACAGGCCACGGGGGCUCAACUGCCGGCCCCCGGCCUGCAGAUGUGCACCUGAGUGGGGAGUGGGGUCGUAUGGGGUAUGGUCUUCCCUUGGGGGUGGAUACCAGACAGGCUGGGAUUGGAGCUUUGGUAACGGUCGCCACUCUGAAGACCUCAGAGGGCAGUGGGAAGACGCAGACUCAGUGCCUCUUCCUGCGGACUGAGAAAGGAAGCUGUUUAUACUCAACCGCUAAACCUGGUUCUGGGAGUGCAAGCGGUGCAGUGGCCUCAAGCGGGGUCGGAGGAUGGCUGAGAGGGAAGACAGGAGUCGGAGGCAGUGACGCUCUAGCCGGGAGGAGGGACAAUGGGUCAAAUCUGCCGGCACAGACUGGAGCAAACCGGGUUAGAGUGCGUUCAGGCCGGAGAUGGAGGAAGUCUGGUAACGCAGCUGGCCAUGAGAAAAUGGGCGUGAGCAAAGAGAGGCAGCAGAGGAGCAGGGAAGGACCUGCAGGAGAAAGACAGGAAGAGCAAGACAAAGGAGGUCUGCACAGUGAACAGUUUCCCAGCAUGCAGCAGGAUGGCCGGAGAGCCAGGCAGGAGAAAGAGAGAGAGAAAGAGGGAGUUUGCAGAAGUCCUAGAUGCUGCCACAGUGUUUCUCCUAAAACUCAGAGUGGAAGGAUAGUGCAGAGAAGGGAGAGCCAGGAAGAGAGCAAGGGAGGUGAGAGUCCGAGGAGAGAAGAUGUGAGAGGAAUGAGGAAGGAGAAGCAAGAGGAGGAAGGAGGCCCCUGUGAGUUACAGUCCCUGGAUUCUGUUUUGGCUUUGGCAAACCCUGACCUAGAAUCUAACUGCCUUCACCCACAAUCCCCCAGUGGCUGUGAUGGUGAAGAGAUUAGAGAGGCCGACAGCAGUGAGGAGCCGAAGACGCAAACCACUCCCAGGAUGCACUGCUGUUCAGAGGAAGAGCAGGAUUCAAACUCUGAGAUUCUGAAAACACGUAACGAAAACAAUGAUAUCAUUCACGUCCAGUCUGGACUCAGCGGAGGUUUUAAUGACAGAGAACCAACUGAAAAUCCAUGUGAAGACAAAGUGGCUAAUGUAAAUGGAUUUCCUGAUUGUGCAGAAGCAGAUGAAGACAGGGAGAGAGCUGAAAGUAAAGAAGAGGAAAGGAGUGUCUGUCAGACUCCUCCUGAAUUCACAGUUGUCUCUGACUGCUACAAGGACGUCUCUAUCUACACCCGUCCUGUCUCCAUUAGUGCUGCAGUGUCCCCUGAGGCCUCUACUCCUGCAGAGGGCAGCAUCUGCCCUGCUGACCACCAGACUUGUUGGGUUGAAGGAGUACAAGAGAAGAGCCGAGCAGAGCACCCAGAGUGGCAUCAUGAAGGGGACUCAGGCAUUGUGGGUAAAGAAGAGCUGGAUGUUGAGUCUGAUGAGAAGAAGGCUGUGAAACCUCAGCUCUUCUGUAAACAUGAGGAAAACAGCAGCCAGGUGGAGGAGAGAGAAGCUUCAUAUUCCCUUCUCUGUCUCAAAUAUCCUUCCAUCUUUGAGAGUGAAACAGAAAACAGAUGCAACAGUCGGAGAAGUGAAAAUGAGCAGAGAGUGGAGCUGGAGUCAGAGGAGAAAAGAGAGGAGACGCUGAAUCCUGAGGAAGGUGAGGAGAUCAGGGGGAGGGAGCUGGACAUUAUCAGCAAUGAAGGUGAUGAUGAGCACACAAGGGAAGAGACAAGCGUUAGCGACGCACUGAUGGACAGUUAUAAAGAAGUGGAGAAGAACUGUGCAGCAGAAGAUGAGCAGAGGCGACAGGACUCUGCAGACGGAUCCAGAGGAUGGAGGAAAAACCAUGGAGACACCUGCAGCGUCACCCAUCCUGAGGAGAACCGCGAGAGCAGCACUGACCUCCCUAAUGUCGCCUGCUCUGAUCCCCCCACCUUUCUUGCAGCCUCCCCGGCUAAUCCUGACCCCUCUCUGCCCCCCCUGGGAUCCGUGGCAACCAGCCUACCCUGUCUGGAGGAGGAGGAGGUGCUCAGAGCGCCGGCCAGAGACGGAGUUCAGGAAGGGACGAGGCGGUGCAGGAGAGAGCUGGAGGAGGAGAGGGGUUCCACCGUGGCCACUGCAGACAGGAGGAAGGAGGAGGAGGAAGAUGAGUUUGGAGUGUUCAUGCAAGCGGACGGAGAGCUGGCCUGGAGCGAGGGGGUCACCAUGUCUGCCUCAGUGCCUUGUGGGAGCAGAGCGAGUGCUGCCAGGGAGUCGACCCAGUGGACGCAGGGCUGGACGGACAGCAACUUCCACCAAUCAGAUGAUGCCUGGACAGCCUUUCCGUCGUCAGAUGAAGGACGAGACGUUGCGGGACAGUGGUGGCCGACCAGCGCUGUGGAGGCGAGGAGAGACAGGCCGUCGGCCAAUCAGAACCUGACAUCUGUCUUCACUGAGGCCUUUCCCUCAUUGCCGGGCUCACCGCCAUGUGACUUCGACACUGUUCCCACCCUGACCCAGCUCCUCAGGGGCAGAGCCAGCCAGGACCAAGGGUUGUUGGACGGUUUCCAUGACUUGAACAAAAUGAUUGGUCAGAGAUACAAGAGAGCCAGUGGUGUGUCUCGUGACCUGCUGCUGACGACCCUCCCACUGGAGCCGCCUCCCACCGAAAGCAGACCUGCUCCCUGGACAACCAACCGGCGUCUCUCCCCCGGCCUCCCCUCGGCCAAUCAGCACGUCCAGAACGCUGCCGCCAAGCGACGGCUGUCAUACGACUACAACAGAAACAUCAUGGAGUAACUCUUGAGUUAUACUUGAAGAACUGAGGGUUUUAAACCGAGCUGAGUCGGACAGAUCGACCACAGGUUCAUCAAGACUCUGCAACUCUCUGCUGUUUAAACUCUGAUGAUUUGACCAACCUGAGGCGCUGAGAAGACUGAACCCGUGAAAGUGGAGCGACGUCGUCUCCUGUUGAACUGGUGCAGAAAUCUUUCAUCGCACAUCUGCCGUCAUGUUCAACACCAACCUCCCAGUUUGAUUUUCUUUUAUCAACAUGUUCGAGACCUGAGGGUCCAAGGUGCUCACUCACCACCGUGUUGGGGGGCGUCCACCCUCGUAUUUAUUCCUCCUGUUAUAUUAUUAUCUGAAAAGGUUGUUAAGUCUAAAGUUAUUCAAUCAAAAGUUAGAACACUCUCAUUUCUCCACUUUUUAACUAACAUUUAAGCAACACGUCCAGUGAUUGAAGAGAAAUGAAAGGCCCCAUGAAAUGAAACAUACAGUUUACCAGUAUUCAUCGAAUUAAUUGUUCAUUUCUCACUUUUGAUUUGCCGGACAGCAGCGAGUCGGCUCUUAAUGGUGAUUUAUAAGUUUAAUGUGAACGUUUUCCAUUUUGAUGGAAAACGAAAUGGAAAAGUGUCCGGCUGCAGGAUGAGUCAAACAUUCAGAUUAAAUUUACUUCAUCAUAGAAGAUGCUGUAACUUCAGAAACACUGACACGUUGAAUUAAGGACAUUGAAAUAAUCGCUGGAAAAAUGGAGAUGUUCUACAACCUUCUCUGAGUCGUGUUUGUCUCGGAGGCAGAGCCACUCGUUUGGCAGAAACAGUCUCAGUGGUUGAAUUCAAUCUUAAUGAGCUGAUGCAUGAAUCAUGACCAUGGAAUUGAGGAUUCUGAAUGGUUGACAUGCUGCUAACAGAUCAACUUCUGUUAUUUCUUUGUGGAUCGUUUUUUCUUUCCUCACGUUCUCCCUCUCAUAUCUGCUGCUUUAUGCAAUGAAAUAUGAUUUACUUGUCACAUCCAGAGAGUCAAACAGAAACAAAGAGUUCAACCAAUGAGAAGAUUUGUUGCUGUGAGAGGUUUGAAGAACGGAUGUCAUGUGGAAAUAGAAGAGACGGUUUAUACAGUCUGGGCAUAAAAGAAAUAG